AUCAGCGCGGUGCAGCCAUGAUUUCCCUGCUGCUGACGAUUCUUCACCUGGCAUAUGGAACAAAUGUAACUUGCCAGGGAAGCAGCUGCACAGCAGGCAUGGCAUACCUGCAGCUGCAUGGCAAUGUCCAACGUGCCCUAUCACAGUCCGACGAUUUCGUGCCCAUGGACGGUGGCAUGGGACGUGCUUGUCGUGGGGCAUCACGGACAGACAACUCGCCCAGCAAUUACGUGGUGAAGACAGUUUCCAACCUUGAGGAAUGCAAGACUGCAUGCAUGAGCGAAGCCAGCUGUCGCGGCAUCGAGUAUAGUGAUAGCCGAUGCGAAGUUUGGACCAGAGCAGAUGGUAUCAUGGCGUCUAUCCCUCUGGAUGGCUUCAGCUGCUACCGCUAUGGUCCCUACACCACUACCACCACCAUGCCCCUGCGUAGUGGCACAUUCGAAGCUGUGGAUGGUGCCGCUGGACGUGCCUGUCGCGGGGCCACUGGGGGUGACAACCUUCCCAGCCAUUACAAGAUCUCUGCUUCAGGAGAAUCUUCGCUGGAUGCGUGCAAGACCGCCUGCUUGCAAGACAUGGACUGCAAGGGCAUCGAAUUCAGCUCGGGGCGUUGUGAAGUCUGGAUACGACCUCAAGGGAUCCAGGCCAGUGCAGCGGUGUCGGGCUUCAUGUGCUAUCGCUUCGUGGAUCCGAGUAUUUCGACCACCACAGCAUACCCGGAGGGAGCAUUCGCACCUGUCGAUGGCGGUACGGGUCGCGCUUGCCGAGGGGCCAGCCCAGGAGACAACAAGGCGAGCCACUACACAGUUGAGGCUGCAAGCAGCUUAACGAACUGCAAGACACUUUGCUUCCAUGACGCAAGCUGCAAGGGUGUCGAAUACAGCCCGGGCCGAUGUGAAAUCUGGACCCGCUCUGCAGGGAUUGAGACAUCGAUUGCCUUGGACGGCUACGAGUGUUGGCGCAAGAUGGACGAUGGUACAACCAUUACAUCCAGCUGCCAAGCUCAAACCUCACAACUAGGCGCCACCGACGCUGUGUGCACCGAGACAUGCAGCUACUUGGCUUCAGGGCAGUGGCCCUGCGGCGAGGGCGGUCCUUGCGUUUGCGGCGGCAGCACGACGAGGACCACGACAACCACCGCGACGACCGCUGCGACGACCACCGCGACGACGGCAACGACAACGCAAAGCGCAACCACCACCACGACCGCAGCCACCACGACCGCAGCCACCACAACCACGACAACCACCGUGGCGACCACCACAAAUGGAGCCACGACCACAGGGCCAACCACCACCUUGUCCUCUCCAUCCACGCUGAUCCAAGAGACGGUGUCAGCCCUGCAAAGCUCCAACUCCGAGGGAGUCUUCAUGUACGACACUGGCACUGGUUGGCUUCCUUCCGACAUCUACACUUGGCCUGACAUGAUCGAGGCUGUGAAGUUGAUGGCCAGCACUGGUGUGGGUCAGUUGAAGUUGUGGUUGGGCGACACCGACCACAUCUACGGCCUCGUAAAUGUGGCCGCCUUCUUGGCUCAGUGCAUGCAGGAAACCAUUCAGUACAACGCUUGCGAUGAGAAUAACUGGAGCGACAACAAUGUGGUGCAGGAAGCUGGGGGCUCUACGUACUCCGCGACAUCGGCCUGUGGGCAGUUGCAUCAAUCCUACCAGGACUACAGCUGCUCAGCCGAGGAGGACGCCAUGGCCGGUGGUCGCAUGGCAUGUGAGGUGGACAGCGGGAUGGAGAUGAGAGCCUUCACCCAGGCGGAAAUCGAAAUCGGGUGA